GGGACUCGGGUGCACCACGGCUUCCGGUGUCAUGGCUGUUUGAAGUCUCGGGAGUCGGUGAGGCGGCUGCAGGUCUCUCCCUGCGGAGCCGCUGCCUGGCUGGCGGGGAUGUGACCGCGGGCCUGGCCGGCCUGCCGCAGGCGUCGCGUCAGCUCCCGAGUCCGUGCCCUUAGCCCACACCGAUGGCGGGAUCCGGCUGCGCCUGGGGCGCGGAGCCGCCGCGUUUUCUGGAGGCCUUCGGACGGCUGUGGCAGGUACAGAGCCGUCUGGGUAGCGGCUCCUCCGCCUCGGUGUAUCGGGUUCGCUGCUGCGGCAACCCUGGCUCGCCCCCCGGCGCCCUCAAGCAGUUCUUGCCGCCAGGAACCACCGGGGCUGCGGCCUCGGCCGCCGAGUAUGGUUUCCGCAAAGAGAGGGCGGCGCUGGAACAGUUGCAGGGUCACAGGAACAUCGUGACUUUGUAUGGAGUGUUUACAAUCCACUUUUCUCCAAAUGUGCCAUCACGCUGUCUGUUGCUUGAACUCCUGGAUGUCAGUGUUUCGGAAUUGCUCUUAUAUUCCAGUCACCAGGGUUGUUCCAUGUGGAUGAUACAGCAUUGUGCCCGAGAUGUUUUGGAGGCCCUUGCUUUUCUUCAUCAUGAGGGCUAUGUCCAUGCAGACCUCAAGCCACGUAACAUAUUGUGGAGUGCAGAGAAUGAAUGUUUUAAACUCAUUGACUUUGGGCUUAGCUUCAAAGAAGGCAAUCAGGAUGUAAAGUAUAUUCAGACAGACGGGUAUCGGGCUCCAGAAGCAGAACUGCAAAAUUGCUUGGCCCAGGCUGGCCUGCAGAGUGAUACAGAGUGUACCUCAGCUGUUGAUCUGUGGAGCCUAGGAAUCAUUUUACUGGAAAUGUUCUCAGGAAUGAAACUGAAACAUACAGUCAGAUCUCAGGAAUGGAAGGCAAACAGUUCUGCUAUUAUUGAUCACAUAUUUGCCAGUAAAGCAGUGGUGAAUGCCGCGAUUCCAGCCUAUCACCUAAGAGACCUUAUCAAAAGCAUGCUUCAUGAUGAUCCAAGCAGAAGAAUUCCUGCUGAAAUGGCAUUGUGCAGCCCAUUCUUUAGCAUUCCUUUUGCCCCUCAUAUUGAAGAUCUGGUCAUGCUUCCCACUCCAGUGCUAAGACUGCUGAAUGUGCUGGAUGAUGAUUAUCUUGAGAAUGAAGAGGAAUAUGAAGAUGUUGUAGAAGAUGUAAAAGAGGAGUGUCAAAAAUAUGGACCAGUGGUAUCUCUACUUGUUCCAAAGGAAAAUCCUGGCAGAGGACAAGUCUUUGUCGAGUAUGCAAAUGCUGGUGAUUCCAAAGCUGCGCAGAAAUUACUGACUGGAAGGAUGUUUGAUGGAAAGUUUGUUGUGGCUACAUUCUACCCACUGAGUGCCUACAGGAGGGGAUAUCUGUAUCAAACCUUGCUUUAAUCAGUAACCUAAGGACUGUUUCCUUUUUCUCCUCUUCCAUUUCUUGAGUCAUUAUAUUCCACAUCUGAAUGCAGGAGUACCCCCUUACCAUUUUAAGAGGUACUUUGUACAUUUAUUUAAUCCUACUAAUGUGCAGCCAUUGCCCAAGCAGUGACUGCAUUGCAUACAUUUGGCACUGAGUAGGACAAGACCUCUCAGCUAUACAUUGAGGGGUUUUAGAGCAUCCAUGUGGGCAACCCUUUUUUGUGUAGGAGAGCAGGUGUUGCUCUUCAGUAUGUAACCUAAAAAAAUCUUAAUUAUUUCAUGGGUCAUGAAGCAAGGAUGAAUAAUAUCAUGUCUUGGUAAAUACUAACAAAUUUGUUAGGUUUGGUGACAUCAUUUACAGAUUAUUUCUUUAUGUUGUCCAGUGGUUCUUCCUUAUUGUUGAUACCCAUAAGCUGGCACUGGAUGCUCUCAGUAAUGUUAAGCAAUUGUCAAGCAGCAGUUACCUACUGUGUUCUUAACACUGAGUUGUGAAUUUUUUCUUAAAGGAGUACUGUAGUACUGAAUAUUCCUUUAAAGGAACUGCAGUGAGCCUAUCUAAGUUUUUUUAAAUUAAGGCUUUUAAAAUAGAAAGCUGAUGCUUGAUCUUGCACAAUUUUUAUGUCUAGUAUGUAUGCUUGAGUGUGCGGGUAUGAAUGAUUAGAGAAAAUUUGAGUCAGUGUACUUUAUAGUGUGAAUCCUGUGAGCUAAUACAGUCUAUACUCAUUUCUUCCCUACCUGUUUCACAUCCGUAAGAUUUAGGAUAUACAUUUUUUGAGAGGUAGUCUGUCUGAUACAGUGUAAAUGACAAAACAGAUAAUUCCUGAGAGACUUAGAACAAACGAGUCUAGCCUGGAGUUAAAUUGAGACUUCUAAAAUGAUUGGAACAAAGACUAAGUUUUGCCAGAUGUAAAUCAACCCCUCUUUUAGUCUACUUUAGACUCAGUAUUAGCUCAUCUUUUUUGUAGUAAAUCUAUAGUUUUAAGGUGUCUCAAGAUGUGGCUCUAUCUACUAUGAUGGAAAAUUGAAGUGGGUCAAAAGAAUUAGAUGUACAGUGAAGGGAAAAGAAAAAAAUGGGCGAAGAGAGGAUGGAAAAUAAAGGAUUCUUUUUUUUUUCUGUUUCUCAUAUCACUGCUCCCUUUUUUCUCCACUUCCCUAAUUCUCUGCCUCUAUCCUUAGCUGAAGACAGACUAGAGGAACAGCAUCCCAGGUAGUUUGGCUUUUGACUGCAAGUUAGUUAAGAAAGGUGUAGAUAUAAUGAAGUAGAAGUAGAAAGGAAGAAAAACUCAAAGAAUUCUUAAAAGGAUUCAUAGCAACCUAAUGUGUCCCUGAGUAGAGGAUGCUGCUGUAUGUGUGUUCAUGGACACAAGUUGAUUACAUAGUUUUUAGAAUUAUAAUUAUGGAUUCUUCUUAUUUCAUGGUAGGUUGUCUUUAAAGAUAUAAAAGUUAGGACGCCUUUAUGAAGCACUGAUUAUACCAAAAAAGAAAAAAAGACGAGUUAUAUACAGGUUAUUAAUUUUUUUAUUUAUUUAUUUUUUCCUAAGGAAAAAGUCUUCUAUCUUUCCCUGCUGGAAGCCUCCUCAUAUUUCCUUAUGUUUGCCAUGCAGGUUGCUGAGAGUUCAAUUAGAAUUUGCAUUUUACAGAAUGAAAUAUAUUACCCCAUGACAUUUUAGUUAUUUACAAUUGUCAAAUUCAGGACUCUCCUUUAAUGUUUAUUAUGAAACCAAAUUUGGCUUAAGGAGGCUGAUUUAUGAAUUACCAAAGAGUCUUUUACCAUGUUCCCCAAUACAUGCGCUUAGAAGGAAGAACUAUUUUUUUUUAUUUUGGCCCUUUCAGGGGUUGAUUAUAAAUUGGUUUGUUUUCAAGUCAGAAUUCAAGUGGGCAGAACCUGUAUUGUGAAGACCUAAACUUUCCUAAAUGUUCAUAUGGGUAGCAGAUUUUGUGGUGAUUAGAAACAUCAGGUCCUUAAAUACGAUGAACAUGGGAUACAAAGAAAUUCUUUAUAAGGGCAAGUAUCCUAAGUUAGCACAUUGACUUUUCACUCCCCUCCUCCCCCAAAA